AUGGACCACAUCGGGCUCGUUGGGGCGCAUCUGCAGCAGGAGUCCAUCAGUUUCGGAAUCGACCAGAUUCUCAGCACAGUGGAGCAGAGUUGCAUGCUGAAUCCCGGGAUGCACGAACCGGAUUACGGACACCCGGUUUACAGCUGUAACGCCAACAACGGCUGCGCGUGCGCUGGCGGCGGAUACAACUGCAACAGCGCCUCGCUCGGAGGGGCUUAUCACAUGAACGUGCACGGGGUCAAUGUGAGCGGGACGCAUGCGGCCGGCGUUAUCCGCGUGCCUGCCCACCGGCCAGUGAGCGCCGGGAACGCUUGUAUGCCGCCGGUAACGGGAAGCGUCACCAACAUAAACGCUCUCACCUUCCCCUGGAUGGAGAGCAACAGACGGUACACUAAAGACAGGUUCACAGUGUCUCUGUCGCCCCUCGCCGUCACCCGCCGCGUGGGACACCCCUACCAGAACCGGACGCCGCCGAAGAAGAAGAAGAAGCCGCGGACGUCGUUCACGCGACUGCAGAUCUGCGAGCUGGAGAAGCGCUUCCACCGCCAGAAGUACCUGGCCAGCGCCGAGCGGGCCGCCCUGGCCAAAGCCCUCAAAAUGAGCGACGCUCAGGUCAAAACCUGGUUCCAGAACAGGCGCACCAAAUGGAGGCGUCAGACGGCGGAGGAGAGGGAGGCGGAGAGACAGCAAGCCAACCGGAUCCUCGUGCAGCUGCAGCAGGAGGCCUUCCAGAAGUCCAUCAACCAGCCGGCGACGCCGGACCCGCUGUGCCUGCAGAACAGCUCUUUGUUCGCCUUGCAGAACCUGCAACCCUGGAGCGAGAACACCGCCAAGAUGAGCAGCGUGUCGACCUGCGAGUAG